AUGGGCGUUCCUGUAGUGCCUAGUUUGGGUGCCGCAGCCAUUGCAGGCGAGGUUGGAAGCCUUUCUCUCGGUAUUGCGACUCUGGUGAUAGCCUUCUUCAUCUACAAUUUCAUCCAAACCAGGCGGGAAUAUGAAGAAGAUAAGGCGUUCGGCCAAAAACACGGCUGUAUGCGUAUGGAAACAGUGCUACCCUCCAGCUGGCCUUUUGCGCUGGACGUGCUCAAGAAACAAUAUGAUGCUCUCCCAUCACAGCGCUUGUUGGCUUUCCAGUCCCAGUACUUCGACGAGAUCGGACCGAACAUGAGACUUGCCCUGUUUGGCCAAGAUGGAUACCUGACGAUUGAUCCGAAGAAUAUAGAAGCAAUCCUAUCAACACAUUUUGAAGAUUGGGGCCUCGGGUCACGACGUCCUGGUUUGUACCCGCUGCUUGGAGAGGGAAUCUUCACGCAGGAUGGCCGACCUUGGAGACAUUCCCGAGAGAUCCUCCGACGUCAAUUUGGACGAAUCCAGUAUCAGAAUCUAAAGGUGUUCGAUGAGCAUAUCAACGACCUGAUUUCUGGCCUUUCUGCAGCCGACGACGGGAUUGUAGAUCUACAGCCAUUUUUCUUCAAAUUCACCCUCGCUACAACCACUGAUCUCAUCUUUGGAGAAGCUGUCGGGACUCUUGGAGAUGAUGCGCAGGACACGUUUGCAAAUAACUUCGAUUAUGCGUCGAUGGUUUCUGCCCUUAGACUACGACUGGCGGACUUCCAUUGGCUAUACAAAACCAAGAAGUUCAAGGCUUCUUGCGAAGUAGUGAAACAAUAUGCAGCCCAUUUUGUUGCACAAGCCCUAAAGGAUAGAGAAAAUAACGGGCAAGAAUCAGCAUCCGAAAGAUACCCAUUCAUUCUUGACCUUUACGAAGAUCUCAAAGAUCCGGCUUUGGUGCGGGACCAACUAGUUCACGUUCUCAUUGCUGGAAGAGAUACAACUGCUUGUCUAAUGUCAUGGGCAAUCUUUCUCCUCAUCCGACACCCAGAAGUCCUAGCCAAACUGCGCAGUCAGAUUGAUUCCGUGAUCCCUGACGGGCAAGAGAUCACUCGAGCCUUUAUUGCUAAAAUACCGUUCCUAAAAUGCGUCAUAAAUGAGACGCAUCGCCUCUAUCCCCAACUACCCGUGAAUGUGCGCGUUGCAGUCAAAACAACCAUCCUUCCUUCUGGCGGCGGCCCCGAUGGACAGUCCCCGGUCCUCAUCCGUAAAGGGACUGGCUGUGGCUGGUCAACAUAUCACAUGCAUCGCCUGGCUUCCCUGUAUGGGCCCGAUGUGAAUGAUUUUGUUCCUGAACGUUGGGAGAACACCGACUUGGAGAGAAAAGUCGGAUUUGGCUUUAUGCCUUUUCACGGUGGGCCGAGGGUCUGUCUCGGUAAGGACUUUGCGCUCUCAGAAGCGUCAUAUGCCAUCUUGAAAAUUGUUCAGACCUUUCCAAACUUAAGAUUACCGCCUCAGAUUGAGAUGGAGAAGACGGGCCAGGAGAGACAGAGUCUCACAAUUGUGGUAACGAGUGCAGAGGGGUCUCUGGUUAUUUAA